GAUAUCAGAGUAAAGUUUACAUCAGUGAAGUGCGGCAUCAAGUUUUAAAUUCAGAGAGCAAGAGCAACGAUGACAAGUCAAUGCCUGCGUUUUUGUCCUGGGGCGGAGCAAAACUUGAAUCUGGACAAAUCUCUACUGCCAUCAAUGCUGCUUGGAAAAAGGCAGGGUUAGAAGAACAUGUUUCUUCAACAAUAUUUCGGAAGUCAACUGUAACAAAGGUACAUAAAGAGCACAAAGCAAUGAAAGAUGAUCUAGCUGAUCUUAUGGGUCACAAGAGAACCACUGCAGAAAGGUUCUAUCGUCUACGUCAAAAGGAAGAGGCGUGUGUUGAAGCAGCAAAUAACCUGACCUCCAUAGUGAGAAUACCGGAGAAAGUGCCUGUACCAGAACAUAAAAUAUCAGCAAUAGCCAACGACAAGGACUCGCAUCCUGAAAGCUUGAGAAAGGAACGUCUGUUGUGGAAAGAAGAGGAGGUGGCUGCUCUCAAGGAGCUCUUUGCUGAUGAGAUGAAAAAGAAGUCAAUUACACUGGUGGCUGUCAGGGAUAAAAGAAGUGAGCAUCCCACUCCGCGGCAUUUAGAUACAAAGAGAGUGUGUGACAAGGUUCAGAGCAAAUGGCGGUUCAAAGAUCCCAAGCACAACGAGGAGGAAGACAAGAGCAGUGAUCCUUCAUGUAAACCCCCUGAACAGACAGAAAACCUUAGUGAUAAAAUGAGUUGCUUUUUUGAAAGAUCAGCUGACAAAAGUACCAGCAGCUCAUUGGAUGUUGUUCUGCCUUCAAACACCGGCUACUUAAGCAGAAGCAUUUUCAGCGAUGAAGAAAGGAAAUUCCUUCUCCGAGUGUGUGGUGUAAUGGUAAGGGGAGGAAUCAUAUCAAAGCCACACAUCAAGAAACUUCUUCAAAAAGAAAACAAGGGUAAGGAGCUUCUUCGCAAAUUUACCAUCGAGCAACUUGUUAAUCGACUAAAAUAUGAAAGACGGCUAAACAAUCGCCAGUCACAGUCAUGAUCCUAAGGAAUUGGUAUGCCACUAACAAUUUUAUUCUUUUUGCCUUUUACUAAUGACUUACGGCAAAUUGCAUUUUUUCUUUUUCCAUGAAAUUCAAUAUCCAUUUUUAAAUGCAUUUUUUUGCUGUCAUCAAUAUAAUUAAUAGUACAAAAUCCAAUCACAGUGAUCAUUUGAACCAGUUGGUGUUUCAGUCACUUCAAGAUGAUUGACUACAGCAUAAAACGUAACCUUAGGCAGACAGAGUCUAAAGAUUAUUGAAAGGCACAGUGACGUGAAAGUUAUUCUUUGGUAUCAAGAGACCAAUGUUACUGUUAAACUGUGUUGCAUGCAUGCGCAGCUGUCUAAGCUGGAACAGUACUAGUAUUGACCCCCCUUGGGGUGAAAAUUAUUUUGGAAACACUUUAUUUUCAGCCUAAGGGAAAAAAAAGAAGAAAGCGAACCAGCAUGCCCCAUGAUAAUCUUAUUUAGUCUAGUUUAAGCUGUGCACAAUAAGUAUUUGGGAAACACAUCGUCCGUUCCUGAAAAGACGAGGAACUGCUAGUAGCAGCGAAUCCUCUCGUAACUGAACAAGAACAAAAAUACAAAAGCGAAGGUUAGAUAUUUUACUUCAGAGUUUAUUCUGUUAGCCAUCAAACGAAGCCUUCAUUUUUUUUUAAGUGUGUGUUCUCCCAAGAAGACUGAGGACAGUCUGAAGUAAUAUAUGGAGUGAAACUAAUUUGACAAGUCAACGUGAACUCUUAUGGCUUGUAGCAUUUAUAUGUUUGCAUAGCUGUAUUUUCUACCUUUCAAUUUAUUUUUCUUUAUACUUGUUUCUGAAUGGAACUUGCAAUAAGCUGAGUAUUAUGAGAAUAAUGCAUGGAUUUUUUUGUCUUUUCUUUUUCUUUACAGCAAUGAAUUUAGUGUCUGAAUGUGCCAGCACCCAUCUUGUAAAAUUGAGAUCUCUGUAUUAAAGUUGCUAUAUCUUUUGUAAGGAGUUUGUUUUGGAUCUUUUUGAGUCUCUUAAUGUUUUUUCCUUGAAAGAGAUAUUCUUAAAUAUUCAGUGAAGA